AUGUCGGAUAACGAGGGAUCUAUCGCAAGCAGUUUCGCAGAUACACAAAGCGAUGUCACCAGUGUCGCCGUCGCACAACCUCAGCAAUAUGCUGAUGUACCUGCGAAUCAAUCUGACAUAACAAACACAAGCAUUUCAAAUGCCGCACCGGGAACUCAUGAAAAUCAACCGGAAGAAAGACCAAACCGACGUAGACAUACAGAUUUUGAAGAAUUAAUAAAAGGAAAAUUGCUGGCACGACAUGGAAUAUUUGGAGCACAUGAAAUAUAUGAAGAUGUACUAUUUAAUAAACCUGCAAAAGGCGAAAGACAUAGCUCAAAGAGACUUCAGAGCGUAGAUAGCAAUGCAGCAAGAGAUUUUUGCGACCUGGGAUCACUAGAUAAACAUUGCAUAAUAAGAUUCCCACAAGAUAUUGCAGAUAUAUUAAAAACAAGAAUGGAAACAGGAGAAGAUAUGGGAUUAGUUAUAGAACCUACAGGAAGAUAUGAUUAUCGUGAGUUCGUGGUACGUAUAAGAGGGAUACCCUUGGAACUUGUUGGUAUAUUAGUAGAAUUGCCAUGCCAUUUAGAGGCACAUAAGACACUAGACUGCGAUCUACUAUUCAAAUCAGCAGAUAUAUCACAAAUUUUGAUAGUACAGGAACGAAAAGAAGCAGAAGUCACCAUAGAAAAUAUGCGUAAAAGGCUAUGGGAGUGGCCUCAUGGCCUUACGCCACCCACCAAAAAUAUAAGGAAACGUAGAUUUAAAGAUUUCGAUGUAUAUAAUAAUGAAGAACUUAAAGAAGCCGAAAAAGAGGCUCUAAUAUUACUCAAAGGAAUGGUAAGAGAUAGCUACCACUUCGAGGUUAAAAGUGCACAAGAGGUAUUGGAACUAGUAGAAAGUUUUAGAAAUGGUAAUAUCAAAGAAAGGAUUAUAGGACCCGAUGAAGAUGUACAGGAAUAUAUUAAGGCAGUGCAACAGCACGAUGUCGGACUAGAUGAUUCGGAAGUCAUGUUUAAUGGAGAUGCAAACAAUAUUACCAAUUAG